AUGCAGCCGCAACCUGAAUCUGAACUUUUAAAAUUAAGUUCGGAUGAACAGAACAAUUUUAUAGAUUGCGUUUGCACGAACAAGGUUAAAAAGGAAGAUUGGCAGGACCAUCAGAUAAUAUGUGUUAAAAAAAGACUAUCGUGUCCGGCGUUUGUAUCAUUUCUAAGUGAAUCUGUUAAGUUUGAACAACCACUUUGGAAAAUUUUUGGAGCUCGUUAUGCUGAUUUAUCAUUGUCAUUGGUUGAUUCAAAUUGUGCUCCAUCUUUAAAAGAAAUUGCAAAGGAACAGGUUUUGAGAAGUAAAAAAUAUAAUUUAUCUAACAUGAAAUCAAAUAAAAUACCAUCAGCUAUAAUUCAUACUCUUCGCUGGGAAUGUCCAAGUUUUUCUACCAAGAACGAAUUAAAUAAGCAUAUGACAGAGUCAUGUCCUUAUUACAAAGUUCAUUGUUCACUUAUACCACGACAUGUGUGUUAUGAUAUAAUUCCUACCAAUUGUCAUAGUAAUUAUAAAUGUCCCAAACAUGGAUUAUCACGACAAGAAUUUCACGAGCAUUCAAUGAAAGGGAAAUUAGAUCCAAUUUCACAAAGAUUGAAACCCAAGUCAAUAUUUUUUCCAUAUCAUUGUUUGGCAUGUGGUCAACAUCUACCAAAUUCUAAUAUUCAUAUUUGUAUUGAAUCAUUACCUGAUUUACCUUCACCUCCACUUCCAGCAUCAGAAAUUAUAUGUCAUGGAUGUAAAUCAAUACUAACCAAACCAAACAAAUCUUUUCUUGAAAUUCAAAAUGCAUGUCAAUUUUGUUGUCGUCAAAAAAAAAAUCCAAUAGUAAUUGGUCUAAUAGGAAUGAUUCCCAAAAAACAUCAAAAUUCCAAAAUAUUCUGGAAUGAAGUUUUACCAUUUUUUCCAUUACAGAACAAAAAUCCAUCCCUAGAAGUAAAGCCUGAAUUACCAGCUUUUGAAUGGCAAGUUACUGGAGAUACUGGUUUAUCUGACUGUAUAACCCAAGCUACUUUAACUCCUCCUAAAGAUGCUAUAUUCGGAAAUGUAAAUGGACGUCCCAAGUCUUCUCAAUUGAGAAGCAUUCCAAAAAAUAACAAUCGAGCAUCAGAAUCUGGAAGAUUGCGCUUAAUGCAAAUAAUAGAGGUUGAAGAAGCAAGAACAAAUUUUAGGAAUUAUCUAGUAUCACAAUAUUGUGAAGAAAAUUUGGACUUUUAUAUGGAUGUUGCUCAAUAUCGCGAAUUCUUUUAUUCUAAUGGAGUUCGUAUUAAUGAAGAUAUUAGAGAAAUAAGUUCACAUGCAAAAUAUAUAUGGAAUUUUUAUUUAGACGCUGAUACUUCUUCAAAACCUUUAAAUGUUCCUCAAGAUCUUGCAAAUAGUUGUCGACAAAAAAUUGAUUCACGACAAUAUAACAUUGAUAUAUUCGAUAAACUUCAACAACAUUGUUUUGACCUUAUGGUUCAAGAUUCUUUACCAAAAUUUACGCGAAAUUCAUUAAUUUGUCUACCUAAUUCCCCUACAACUUAUAAUUUAAAUACAUAUAAUCCAAAAAAUUCCAGUUAUCUUAGACCUCCUUCCUUUAUUGGAAAACCUAAUUUAAUAAGAAAGUCAAGUUCUUCUGGUUCCCUUAAUCUAAAAAUGGCUUCAACCUUUACUUCAUUAAAAACGUCUAUUACUGAACAAAAUUUUAAUUCUUCAACUACUAAUGAUACUCCGAAUCAAUUCACUUUAAUUCAAACCAUAUCUUCAUAUCAAAGUACACAAAACAUACCCUCAAGUCAAACCACAUCUUCAAGUCAAACAACAUCUUUAUAUCAAUCUUUAUGUCAAACCGCAUCUUUAUAUCAAACUUUAUGUCAAACCACAUCUUCAAGUCAACCAACAACUUCUUUACCUACACCACCUUCCUCACCUAAUUCCUCUGUCUCGAAUUCAUCUCAAUUAACGUUAGCACAAGAAAAUCAUACCGACACCGAAAGUAAUAGAUCUUCUACAGCAUCUACUGGUUCUUUUGGAUCAACAGGUUCUAGUUUAUCAGCCCCAACCUUUAAUUAUAAUCAAAGAUUAACUAGUACAAUAACAAAUAUAACACGUCGUUUGCUCUUGGGUCGUCGUAAUUCAACAAGUUCGACUUCAAGUCAAACUUCAACACUUAAUUCACCUACUAUUGAAACAUUAAUAGGAAUGCCUGGUUCUUAUCCAUGCAUUCCGACGAGUAAUAUACAAGAGAAUUGUAGGAAAUACGAUGAAUAUGCAAAUUGUUCAUCUGAACAAAUAACAGCAUUAACAGCGUGGCAAAAACUUCGUCGAAACAUUUCAACACCCAAUUUUCAAGUACGUGUUACUGCAAGAUCACGUUCGAGUACUAUUAUUCAUGGAAUUUAUAUUCCAGAUAAAAGUCUCCCGCCAAUUCCUGCUGCAUUUAAAGCUUAA